AAAUUCCAAGCAAUAGCCUCGCUGUUCCCCUGUGGAUCUCCCGUCUCUUUCUUGUUUGUCUUCGCUCCUCUUUCCUUCCCUCCUUCCCCGGCCACUUCUCGAUCCCGCUUCCUCUCGUCCUGCAGCUCUAAUACGCCCCAAAGCUCAUCGGAUCUCUCGCUCUCGGAGGCCACAGCGGAUGCCACCGCGCUCGAGGCGAGCCACGGCCGAUCCCCCCACGGUGGCGGAAAAUUAGGGCUUGGCCACGCUGGAAAAGUCAUCAGAAAGUGUGACACCGAGCGGUUUCUCUACAAAGAUGAGAAAAAGCUGGGAUGGGAUCUUUGAUUCUGGUAGCCUAUCUGAUGAUAGCUAUCGUGACAAUGUACGCAUUGAGCCCAUUUUCCAAGCAUUUCUUUGUCCACUUACGAAGCAGGUUAUGAAGGAUCCUGUUACAAUUGAGAAUGGACAGACCUUUGAGCGAGAAGCAAUCGAGAAUUGGUUCAGGGAUUGCACAGAUAGUGGAAGGAGGCCAACUUGUCCAUUAACACAGAAAGAAUUGAAGAGCACUGACGUAAACCCCAGCAUAGCUUUGAGGAAUGCGAUUAAAGAAUGGAUUAAAAGGAACGAAGUUGCUCAGCUUGAAAAAGCAUAUAAGACACUUACUUCAGAGAGUCCAGAGAUUGAGAUUUUACAGACACUCAGUUACAUCACACAGAUUUGCGAGAAUGGCAGGUCAAACAUGCAUGUUGGGUACAUUUCUGAAUUGAUACCAAUGAUCGUUGACAUGCUGAAGAGUGGUAGCAGGAAAAUGCGAGUUCAGGCACUUGAAACCCUCUGUGCCAUAGCCAAAGAGAGUGAUGCUAAUAAGGAAGCCAUAGCUGCAGGGGAGACUAUUCAGACAAUUGUGAAAAUUUUGUCACAUGAACAUUCUGAAGAGACAAAGGAAGCAGUGUCUUUGUUGUAUGAACUUUCAAAAUCUAGAUCUUUGUGUGAAAAGAUAGGAGUAGUUAGUGGAGCAAUUCUUUUAUUGGUUGGAAUGGCAAGUACUAAAUUGGAAAACAAUAUAACACUAGAGAAAACACUAAAGACAUUGCAAAAUCUUGACAAGUGUGAAGAAAAUGUGAGGCAAAUGGCUGAAAAUGGAAGACUGCAGCCACUGCUUACCCGCCUACUGGAAGGUUCACCGGAGAUACAACUUACUAUGGUUUCCUACCUUGGAGAUCUUGUCUUGAGCAAUGAUGUGAAAGUCUCUGUAGCUGAGACAGCCGGUUCAACAUUAGUUGAUCUAAUGAAGAGUGAGAGCAACCCAGCAAGAGAAGCGGCCCUCAUGGCUUUCAAUCAGAUUUCCUCUAAUGAAACUAGUGCAAAGAUACUUAUUCAAGCUGGCAUCCUUCCUCCACUUGUCAAAGACCUCUUCGCUGUAGGCAUCAACCAGCUUCCUACGAGGCUGAAAGAGGUGUCUGCAACAGUUUUGUCAAAUCUUGUAUCUUCAGGCGUUGGUUGUGCUUCCAUCCUGCUUGAUCAAGAUCAUCGUACAUUGGUUUCCGAAGACAUUGUUCACAAUCUUCUCCAUUUGAUCAGUAACACUGGUCCUGCUAUUGAGUGCAAGCUUCUUCAGGUUCUUGUUGGGCUUACAAGUUCAUCUACUACCAUCAAGAAUAUAGUUGCUGCCAUUAAAAGCUCAGGUGCUACCAUUAGCCUCAUUCAAUUUCUUGAAGCUCCCCAGAGAGAGGUUCGAAUGGCUUCUGUAAAACUUCUGGGUAACAUAUCUCCUCACAUGGGUACCGAGCUGGCCAAUGCUCUUUGUAGUACUGCUGGCCAGCUAGGUUGCUUGAUUAGUAUCAUUGCUGAGAACAAUGGUAUCACCGAGGAACAAGCAGAUGCUGUUGGUUUGUUGUCCAACCUUCUUGAGGACUACUACUUAACCAGGCAGCUUCUUGAUGAAGGGGCCUUCAAAGUAAUGGCCUCCAAUGUGGUCAGUAUCAGGCAAGGCAGUACUCGUGGGGGUCGUUUCGUGAAUCCUUUUCUCGAAGGGCUAGUCAGGGCUCUGUCAAGAUUCACUUAUAUUCUAGAUGACAAUUCUGAUGCCAUUGCUCUAACUCGUGAAUAUAACCUUGCUGCCCUUUUUGCUGAUCUGCUUCAGAUCAAUGGUCUUGACAAUGUACUGGUUGCCUCCGCCCUUGCGCUACGAAAUCUCUCCAAACAGUCACAACAUCUCACAAGGAUGCCAGUUGUUCUAGAACCAAGAUCUUGUUUCCCUAUCUUUUCCUGUUGUCUAAGCAAGCAACCGGUUGUUAGCGGGCUGUGCAGAGUUCAUCAUGGUUCAUGUUCAGUGAAGGAUAGCUUCUGUUUGUUGGAAGGGAGGGCAGUAGAACAACUGGUUGCUUGUCUUGAUCAUACAAAUGUGAAGGUGGUGGAAGCUUCCCUGGUAGCUUUGUGCACUCUAUUGGACGAUGAGGUGGACAUUGAGCAAGGAGUGACAGUCUUGGACGAGGCCGAAGGGAUCAAACCAAUCCUAGAGAUAUUGUGGGAGAACCACACUGAGAUACUCAGGCAACAAGCUUUGUGGGCCAUUGAGAGGAUCUUGCGGAAAGAGGUGAUAGCUCAUGAAGUCUCUGGGGAUCGAAAUGUUGGGACUGCCUUGGUUGAAGCAUUUCGUCACGGAAACAGUAGGACAAGGCAGAUCGCUGAGCGAGCACUGAAGCAUAUAGACAAAUUGCCAAACUUCUCUGGAGUUUCCACCGAGAAAGAGGGAUGAGAAGUGUAAAAGAUGGCAAGGUUUGUAUUUUGUUCCUUCGUUCGCUUUUAGGCAACAUUAGAAGUUUCUGAGUGAAGAGCCAAGACAAAGAUUAAGAUUGUCGUGUUAAUCUCGUUCCUUUACUACCAUCCACAAGUAUUUGUUGUUUCAGAGCAACUCCACUGAUGUGAUGAACUGCUAAUUGCUGGACGAGGGAUAAAGCACUGUGUAUGGAUUUUGUAUGUAUUCUUCUUGUUCAUUUUGUCCAGUAUUCUGUUUGAUUCCAAUUUGUUUGGGGUUUGUAAAUGUUAACACAUUUUGGAUGAAUGAAUGAAUUAUAUUUCGAAUUA